CUCUCUAGAUCUUAUCUAAACAAGUAUUCCUAACCAUCUGUGUCCAGAGGUCACCUCUUCAGAUACCACCUCAGGAAACCACACUGCUACAGAUGCGACAAAGUGUUCAAAACCGAAAACGAGCUCAUGGCUCAUUCCCGGAGCACCCAACCCUGCGAAAUCAAGGACUUACAAGAUUUCAAGCCACUUACCGGACAACAAAUACUGAGAUUGAAAAAACGUGAGCAUAAUGGGCUUGGUGAGGAAGAAAGAUGGAAGAAUAUAUACAACAUAUGUUUUCCCAAUGCCGACCAGAUUCCUUCGCCAUGUAAGUCUUAUGCUCGCCUUCUCAUUUCUCGGAGAAUGAUAUUGAUAUUUCGAGAGGUUGUUAAUGCUAACUAUGAGCUAGAUCACGUCUGCUACUAUGACAGGGUACUCAAUGAUGUCAGAAGAAGUCUGAUCCAUGAAAUUACUCACCUACGUAGAGAUAACAACACCAUCCCGAUUUUCGCUGAUGGCGAAACGGCUUCUCAGGAGGUGGCCCAACACGUGGAUAACUUUAUACGUCCGAGAAUCUUUCGAGAUAUUACGCGUAACUCGGAAUUGAACUUCGCCCCUCAAGUUUUCGUCAACUCCAGCUCGCGAGUUCCCGAAUGCCAUACGAUGACAAGUGCAAGUGUGAUGGAUGGUGGUGGAUUGGAAUCCCAAGGUUUCAGAUCCGGCACGCAUGACUCUACCUUUACCUCUACUUUCUCCAGCGACCACUAUUUGCAAAACCAGAAUCAGUCUCCAACAUUAACGAACGGAAAUGAAAAUGUCGAGUGGCCAGCGCCGGUGCCGGUGCCUUCGAAUGCGAAUAUGCUUCCUUUGGCAGCGGCGCAGUACUUUUGCGACUUUCCAGAAGGACAAACGCAAUAUGGUCUUGGACAGGGAGCGGAUCAAAGUUUGGUCCAACAGAAUAUAAGUGAUCGGUUUGGUGAAGAGACCAUGGAUGAUUCCAUGCCUCAGUUCGGAUUCGGACAAGGCGGGCUGAGCCAGUGUGAGUUAUGCGGUAGGAGUAGGAAUGGGAAUGGGAAUGGGAAUGGGAAUAGAGUGAUGGAUGAUUCCCGAUUUCAAUUUGGACAAUUGCAAGGAGAGCCGAGUCAGUGUAGUUCAUGUGGUGGGAAUCGGAAUGCUACUGGGAAUGGAACAUGGGCAUGAAUGGCAAUCGCAAAGGAAAUAUGAAUGGGAAUUGUGGGCAUAAGGAAGGGUAUGAGAUGAAGGAGAUAUAAGGAAGUAAAUUUACGGAGG